AUCUGUGCUCCUUGAUUGAAGUGUGACCGCUUAUCGCGCAACGGUAGCAAGACAACCCAGUUCAACAAUACAGCACAACCCAUUUGACGGUCAUCCGGUCACUGAGUCAUCUCUGUGGGACCGCUCCGUGCACCAGUGGAACGGAAGUAGAUAAAGUGUUUUUCAAUGUCCCAUACCAAACCGUCAGUGGCCGCCGUGUACAGUGUCUUCCAGGUGCUGAUUUGCUUCUCUUAUUAUCUGACUUAUCAGCUCCAGCAGCAUGCAGUAUGAUUGUGUGGUUGAUGACACGAGGCUCUACUUCGGAGAGUGUGUAGGCAAAAAAAAUAAAAAAUAAAAAACAAGACACCCAAGCCAUUUGAUUCUGAGCUUCUGAGGUGGCCAGCGCGCACUGAUAAGAUAAACGAUAGCGGGCACCGAGAUUUUUGCAUUAUAAAUAGUCCAAUCGCGAGACGAUCGUACCAACAAUCGUUCGCGCAGUAUCCGAACAGCAUUCGCGUUGCAACCAUACCGCUGUGUUGUCCACUAAUUGUGCAUUUUGUGCGUUGCUGCUGUCGUUAAAACACUGUCGUAACCAUGAAAGGACUAGCCGUCGUUGCCGCCGUACUGCUGUUCGCUUGUCUGGUCGCCAGCCAGAGCAACAACUAUUUCUGGGGCGUUCGGGAUCCGCGGGACGUGCUGCUGAACCGCACGAUUGCCGUCCGGUCCGGCACCAUUCUGCAGGUUAAAUCGAUUGAUCUCGUGUAUCCGCUGAAGGGCCAGGUGGGACGCAACAUUUCCGCCAUCUCCGUCGUGGACCAGUACACCAAUGGGAAGGGCGGAUAUGCCAGCCUGUAUGCCGGUGGUAUCGGUUACAACUAUACGACGGUCCAUCUGAAAUCACAGCGCGGUCACGGAUACAACUUUAUCGUGGAAAUUUACGGCCGAUAGACGAGUGAAGGCGGGCGGAAUGGGGGAUCUAUCAGAGGGCGGCUGAGGCUGAGAGGUGUUGUGAGAUGAUAGGAGCCCGCGCAACAAAGUGAUCAAAUGUUAUCAAUGUUUCACCCGUCGAGAUUCGAGCUUCGAUAGGCUAAUGAAUGGGGCGCCAAGCGGUUAUCGGAGCUGACAGAGCAGCGGACACGACGCUAGUGGUGGCCACGGGUUCGAUCCUAAUGGUGAUGCUGUGUUAGAUUUCGUGCCGUGCCGUCGAGUGUUUUAUGUCCGGAAAUGGGUUGUUAUUAUGUAGCAAUAAAAUUAUUUUAAUGUAACAAAUGA